AUGGCGCUCCAGUCCAUUUUUUCCAUAAAUUCUCUAAACUUGCUUACUUUAAUCAUUGUAUGGGGAAAGAAAAAGGUCUGUUAGUGCUGGACUCAUUUCAAAUGGCACACCCUGUAUUUUACUUUUAGGCAACCAUGCGAAUUGAUGAAAAAAAUCCACUUGUGUUUGGAUGUGGAUCAAGACGAAAAGAAUACCCGGAAAAAAUUGAUUACCACCUUCUCUCGUUACCUUGAGGACAGUAGACUUCUGUCGCAUAGCGUGCUGAUCUAUCAGAUAAUCGAUAAAAUAGUGGAAUACCAACCGAUGAGAGGUUCUAAAGAACUGAAAUUGGAGUUGUGUGAAAAAGAAGUGGAGCAGUUCCAAAUUUCUGCUUUAUUCGGAGAAGCAGAUGAAUCAGGAUACGAAGUUGGUUUUGGAGAAAUACUUCCAGGAGAAGAAAGUGAAAGAAUUGCAUGAAUUGAUGACUAAUGUGGUUGAUGAAUAUGCAGGUUUAUCCGAUAGGAACUAUCAUUUACCUUGUUUGCUUAUGGUAAACCACUCCAAUUUUCACAUAAUGUUUGUUAGUGUAUGUAUUGCUCUCCAACAAAAUGUGGAAAAAGAAGUGAAACAACAAGGUGCUAGUGAAAUGGAACACCUAAGAUUGUGGAAAGACACAACGAGCAUAAUGUUCAUUCUGAUGAACAUCUCUAGGAACGAACUAACCAAACACAACACUCUGCUGUGCGCCUUCCUCAAGACUUCAAUACCAAUACUGAGAAUCUUCAUAGCUCAAGCUCUACCCAUCUUCCAUUUGAUAUUUAACAGCAAAACUGAAGCAGUUGUGGAGGUUUUGAAGACCAUGCAGUAUAGCACCAGGUUCCUCCAUCAUCUCUGUUGUCAAUCGAAGAUGUUAAAGAAUCUAUCGGUUGUCUCUCACAUUCCUAGUUUUCGACUGGUGUUGGAACAGUUGAUUUACAAGGUUAAGGCCAUUUUGGUUUCUCAUAAUCGUAACGAUGCUUUCUUCUUGGGUAAUUUGAAGAAUAAAGAUAUUCAUGGUAAUAACCCAAACUAGUGAGCAGAUGGAGGAAGAUAUCACACAAGAAAAUGAGGGAGAAGAUGAGGAAGCGUUGCCAUCUGAAGAUGAGAGCGAUGAAAAAGUUGAUGAUGAUGAUAGAUCGGAAAGUUUAACAUUUUAGUUAGAAACCUCUGUUACUUUAGAUAUUUUGCUAUAUUUUCAUAUUGAAAAGCAGUUUAAGUUUGUUAUUUUACUAAAUAAAUUUUUGAAAACGUU